AUGUAAGCGCCCAUCAAUGUUUUAUUCCCCUUCAUGGCAGUAUCUCUAUGGACCUCUUCUCUUGUCAUCAUCAGUCUCUAGUUUUUCACUAAUCUGCCUUCUUCCUCCUUGGUGAGAGACCCUUUACGCUCCUCGGUUUUGACAACAAGAAAUCAAGAAAUGGAAGGAUCAUCUCGUAAAAAACGCAGCCGUGUGGAGAUGCUUUCACCAAAUUACAAGCUUGGUAAAACUCUUGGAUAUGGCUCCUUUGGAGAGGUGAAGCUUGCUGAGCAUAAAUUGACAGGUCUUCAUGUUGCCAUCAAAAUACUUAAUCGCCAUGAGAUGAAAAAACAGGGGAUGGAAGAAAAAGCGAGGAGAGAAAUCAAAAUCUUGAAAAUGCUAAUGCAUCCUCAUAUUGUACGACUGUAUGAGGUUAUUGAAACAUCAUCUAAUAUAUUUGUUGUAAUGGAGUAUGCCAACUGUGGGGAACUCUUUGAAUAUAUUUUGGAGAAGGGUAGGUUAGAAGAAGAUGAGGCACGCAGUUUUUUCCAGCAGACAAUUUCUGGUCUCGAAUUUUGCCACAGGAAUAUGGUUGUUCAUAGAGACCUUAAGCCCGAGAAUUUGCUGUUAGAUUCUAAGCACAAUGUGAAGAUUGCUGAUUUUGGUUUGAGCAAUAUAAUGCAAGACGGUCAUUUUCUAAAGACAAAUUGUGGAAGUUACAACUAUGCUGCCCCAGAGGUCCUAGCUAGGAAAUUGUAUGUUGGGCCUGAAGUGGAUAUAUGGAGCUGUGGUGUUAUAUUGUAUGCUCUUCUUUGUGGUUCACUACCAUUUGAUGAUGAAAGCAUUCCCAAUCUCCUCAGGAAAAUAAAGGGUGGCAUAUAUUCUAUUCCCCGAUAUUUGUCACCUGGUGCAACAGAUAUGAUCUCAAAGAUGCUUGUGGUUGAUCCAAUGAGAAGAAUGAACAUGCCUGAAAUUCGUCAGCACCCGUGGUUCCAAGCUCACCUUCCACGUUAUUUGGCUGUUCCCCUGCCAGAUACUAUGCAAUAUGCUAAGAAGAUUGAUGUAGAGAUUUUUCAGGAAGUGGUCAAGCUGGGAUUUGAUGGGAAACAACUAACCGAAGCCCUUAUAUGCAGAACGCAAAAUGAGGCAACCGUUACAUACCAUUUGUUAUUGGACCAUCAAUUACGUGAUUCUAAUGGUUAUCUUGGAGCUGAGAUCCAAGAGACUACGGAAAGUAGUCUCAGUUCUAUGCAUCCAGAUGAGCCUUCUUCAUCAACAGGGCGCUUACUUCCAGGACAUAUUAAUAAUCAAGGAUUGGCUUUACAGCUUCCGGGCAAUAGGAAAUGGGCUCUUGGACUUCAGUCUCGAGCUCAUCCUCAUGAAAUAAUGAUAGUAGUUCUCAGAGCUCUGCAAGAACUGACUGUGUGCUGGAAGAAAAUUGGUGAUUACAAUAUGAAGUGCAGGUGGAUUCCUGGCACUCUUGAACCUCACAAAGGCAAAGCCAUGGCAGUGAACGACCACCCUGUUCAUAAUUCUGAUUUACUUGCGCAGCCCUCCAUUGUUGAGAAAGAUGCAAUCAUGAACCCACCAAAUGUGGUGAAGUUUGAAGUGCAGCUUUACAAAUCUCACGAGGAAAAAUACUUACUUGAUCUACAAAGAGUCGAGGGUCCUCAGUUACUCUUCUUGGAUCUUUGUGCAGCUUUCCUUGUACAGCUCAGAGUCCUUUAACCAUGCUCCUUGUCCCUUGGCCGUCUUUCAUUGUUUUAGCAAGCUCAUGUUGCAGGCAAUUAUGCAUUUCAACUUGUUCCUGUCUUAAAGAAUAAAAACCUUUUUUUUUUUUUUUUUUUGGCAGGCAUGCAUUUCAAGCUCAUGUUUCAAAUCAUGCAUUUCAUUUUUUUUUGUUCUUGUAUGCAAAACGUACUUGAAGCUUUAAAUUGAAUGCCCACUGCAAUUUAAGUUGUAAAUGAGA